AACAACGUAACUAAACUUCAAUCAGUUUUUGGACGGUCGUGGGGAUUACAUUUUUCGAUUGUGGAAAACAUAAAAAUACGUGUUGUUUUCUGAUUAUUCCAUGCUAAGCUUAAUUAGCAUAACUUCAAACGCUAAAAAUUUGCAUUUACGAUAACGAAAACCGGAAAGUAUAACAGUCUGGUUUAACUAGUGACUGAUAACAGUCGAAGAAUUCAGUGUACAUUAGCAAAAAAUACCAAUACACAAAGUGGUGGUGGGGCAGAAGCCGAUGACAGGGAGUUGCAGUAACUGGUAACACUCACCUGUGCCUGGUUUGUGAAAUGUAACUGACGGAUGUGGCAAUUGAUUUACACAACAUUAUUACUGCACUCAAUUACGUAUAAAAGUCUAGAAACGGCAGCAUUGAAAAAUGUUUGCUUCUUUAAAAAAUAAAAUCAAAGAAGAGACAGGUUCAGACGUGGCCACGACAGCCACAAAUACAAGGCACAUCAACCAUAACAACAAUCGAAUACGUAGCCGUUUCUCAUCAACAUUAAGUGUAAAUUCCACUAAUGAAGACACCGGCGGUGGCGGCGGCAGUGUGGACUCCCAGAGUUAUGGGGCGGAACAGCUCUCCACAUUACGUAGUCAAUGUAAUGAGCUGACCACCAAAAUGACAGAUCUAACUACACGUUUGCAAACAAUGCAAGAGGAGAAGACGCGCAUUGAAAAAACAAACGAAAUCCUGCUAGAGACAGUGAAAGUCGCGCAAACGCAAAAGGAUAUCUACUGUGAAGAACAGGAGAAGAUACAAAAUCUACAACAAAGUGAAAUCGAAAAAUUGAAAAAUUUAUUAUCAUUCCGUGAACAAGAAGCAGUUGAUCGGCUGGCAGCUAUGCGACAAAAUCAACAGCAAAUUGAGAACUUAACCACAGAACUUGAACGACUGAAGCAAUAUGAGCCCAUGGUCGAGGAUUUACAGGAUGAACUGGAACGUCUGCGGCAUUCUUCCCAACUGGGAAAAAACAACUUAACAACUACAUUGGCUGCUAUGGAGGAAGACAACCGGCAUUUAAAGAUGCGUCUGCAAAUCAUGGAAAAGGCACGUUUGGAUGCGAUCAAUACAUUUAGUACCGACGAGAAAAUGCAAGCGCUUGUGCAGGAACGUAAAAUGCUCGAGCAGCAUUUAGAAGAGGCACAUCUACAGCUGUCAGAUAUAAAGAGUACAUGGAGUGGCCAGAAUUUGUCGCUGGAGACGCAAGUCAGUCGUCUGUCAAAGCAAGUUGCCGAGGAGACCACUGAAAAACGCAAGGCGCUGAAGGCACGCGACGAUUUAAAUGAAAAAGUCAAACAAUUAGAAUUCGAAAUGUUGAAACUAAAGGACGAUAUGAAACAGCGCGAAGAUAAGAUAAAACUGCUCGAGGAGGAGAUAGACGAAUUGAACAUGGCGCUAAAAGAGUGUCGUGAGGAGAAUGAGCAACAAAUUAUUUACGAACGCAAUAAGGCUGAGACAUUAGAAAAUGAAACGAAAGAUCUGAAGUUGCGCAUUAGCACGGCCGACGAACGUUUUAGUGAAUAUGCCACCAAUGCGGAACAUGUGGCGCUAACGCUCCGGCAGCAAAAUUCCCAAUUGCAAGAACAGCUAAACGAAGCGCAGAACCUACUUGAAACCGAAAAGGAGGAAAAACUCACUGCAUUGCUGCGUAAUGCGGAAAUAUCUCAGAGCGAGGAGAUACUGCGUAAAGAGUUGCGCAUGGAACGAGUUGAAGCCAACGAGCUGCACGAAAAGAACGAGCAACUGACAAGUGAAAUGGCGACCAAAACGCAAGAAAUUAAACAAUGUAAAAUCGAAAUGGAGGAACUAAAGACUGUGAUGUUUAAGAAUGAUGAGAAGCUGAAGGAGAUCGAUGAAAUGCAACGCGAAAUCAGCGAGAAAAAUAAGACAAUAAAAAUCUUAAAUCAACGUUUGGCUGAUCUCAAGAAGACACUGCAGAAAGAGUUUCAGUGCGCCAAAUCAUUUGAAGCUGAGAAAGAGCGCAACGGUAACUGUAUUGCUGUGAAACCGCCAACUACGACACAAAUGGUUGCCGCCAGUGUAACGGUUGCGACUGAUACGUUGGCCUGUGACCACUGUGGCAUGAGUGCCGCCUCAAGCAGUAGUAUAGUUAUGGACGAAGUGAAUUUUAAGUAUUUAAAGCACGUCAUUGUGAAAUUUCUAACCAGUCGUGAGGUGGAAGCGCGUCACUUGAUACGUGCCGUUGCAACUUUACUGAAGCUUACCAAAGAUGAGGAGAAACUGCUGCAGGACACGCUGAAUUGGAAAAUGAGUUGGUUCGGCUCGAAACCAAAUCAUGGUAGGGGUCAACAUUCCUUCUCUAUACCACCGAGUUAAUACUAAAAAACCGCCUACACACUUCAUAUGCUAUACUAUUGUACUUACAUAUACUAGUAUAAUUUAAAAUCCAAUUGUUGCUGGUUAGAGGAAACUAGCCAAACGACAAAUAGACUUUUGAAACUUCUGCAGCCACGAACGCGUUAUUGCUCAUAUGCAGCGUAUAAUAUAGGUAACCUAUUGACUUCAAUUAUUUUAUAGGCCACAAAUUGGAAUUCGAUUCAACACUACCAGCACCCUAUCUUACCUAGAAAACGAAAGGAAUUUAUAAAAAUUUAAUUAUAUGCUAAUAUUAGUUGAAAUUCGCCAAAUAACUCUCUAUUUACAUUUGUUUAUUUAAAAGUACGCGGAAGAAGUUUAAUGAGUUACGCAUGUUGUCCAUUAACAAAAUCCAAAUUGUAUUAUUUUUAUUAAAAGACUAUGUAAUUUUCGGUUAUUUAUGUUUAAGUGAAAAUCCUUAGUAGGUUUUAAUGUUGAUUUAUUUAACGUGAAAUGUUUUUUUUCCUGUUAGCUUAUCAUUCCAUUUUGUAUGUAUAAGCAUUUUGAUACAUAUUUAUUUAUAUAUAUGUAUAUAUUUUGUAAAAUUUGUUA